AGGUGAAAGUUUUGCACUGCAGAUGAGUUUUAGCAUCAAGCACUCUGCCCACAGAUACACAGGAACUGCAUAUUUAAAUCACCACAGCUCUUAGUUUAUUCUUCUCUCUGAGAAUUGAAACUAGUUCUGGGUAUCUGAGCAUCUGUGCUCUCACAGUAUUUGAUUUGUGUAAUGAAACAGCGAUUGAACAGGUACCAAAAUACUAUGAAGGGUUUUUUUUACUUUACAUUCAUUUUUGCACCACUGCCAAAAUACUCAAAACAAAUGGUCAAAUUACUGUUUUAGAAACAUAUUUUAAAUUUGUGAAAGUUGGUUAAAACCUCAUAAUAAGCUUGCAGACUUUGGCUCAAUAACACACUUGGGUUUGUAGGUAGUCACAUAAAUUGUGGUUUGUUUAAAGUCUCAUGCACUGGUUCUGGCUGCUGUGCUUGUGCAGGUCUCACUCCUCAUAACAGGCAAGCUGACUUGUACAUACAGGGAUUGGAAAAUGAAACUGAAACACCUGGUUUUAGACCACAAUAAUUUAUUUUUCUGGUGGAAACAGGAGAGUUGAGGUGCACAUUGAAUUCUGCCGUGAUUUUGGCAGCUGUGGUUUUAAGUUUUUUAGCACCCAAACAUCCUUUUCAGACAGCUUCCUCUUGCAUCCACAGUUAAUCCGGUUGGAUGUGGUUCGUCCUUCUUGGCGGUAUGCUGACAUUACCCUGGAUACCGUGGCUCUUGAUGCAUCACAAAGACUUGCUGUCUUGGUUACAGACGCGCCAGCAAGACGUGCACCAACAAUUUGUCCUCUUGAACUCUGGCCUGGGUUCUGGGUCACGGCAGCUGAUGUCCGGAUGUCCUGAAAGCUGCUACUGCUCAGAGAGCCGGGACGGUGGCCUGGCGGUGCGCUGCAGCAACAUGAACCUACUGGCUGUGCCCCGUGAUCUACCCAACCAGACGCGACGCCUCUACUUGGACUACAACCUGCUGGUCAGCGUGCCUGCUGACUCUUUUUUGGGGCUCCCCCUUCUGGCUGAGCUGGACCUCUCGCACAACAGACUGAUGCAGCUGGAGCCCGGAGCCUUCCACGGCCUGGCUGACUCUCUUACCAGCCUAGACCUUUCCUUCAACCUGCUGGAGACUAUGGACCCAGAGGCUCUGGGGGAACUGCGGGCACAGGCCAACCUCACCCACAACCCCUGGAUGUGCGACUGCCGCCUGCAGGUGGCCAUGCCUCAGCUGCAGCUGGAGCCGUCCUCCCUGGCCGGAGUGGUGUGUAAUGGCUCGGAGCCAGAGGACGUGGGGGCCCGCGGUGUGCCGUUUGUGCUGGUAGCUGCAGAUCUGGACCUCUGCGCUGCCCUCAAGAGGACCACUGACGUCGCCAUGCUGGUGACUAUGUUUGGCUGGUUUACGAUGGUCAUCUCUUACCUGGUUUACUACGUGAGGCACAACCGAGAGGACGCUCGGCGCCACCUGGAGUAUCUCAAGUCACUGCCCAACAAGCAGGGCUGGACAGAUGAGGUGUCGACCCUUAGCACUAUGGUUUAAAACGUGUGACUGGAUUUAAAACUCGUUUACCUGGCGCUUUGAUGAUGCAUAUUUUUAUACUAACAUGCCAAAAGGGUGUCACCUCUAGAAAUGGCUUGGGAAUGCCUACACCUGUAUAAUUUGUGAGGUGUUAUCUUGUGAGUGAGGCUGAGGACCGAAAAAAAACUCCACAAGGUCUCAAGGCAUUAUCAUCAAUAGUGGACAGCACAGUGGGUGGUAAAGAUGGUAAAGUGACUGGUGGUGUCUGGCUGGAAUUGUCCAUGCAAACAGACAAGCAACUCUCACAUAAUAUAAAACCACAUUCACAUUCAACAGUGCAGGAGAACCCACACAUUAUUUAGCUUCUAUUGGACAUGACAAAUGAAAAACAAAAAUAGAGAUGAUAAAACUGGAAAAAGGCACAAACAAUCUUUAUUAAAAUAAAAUAAUAAUACAUAAAGUAUAUACAUAUAUAUAACA